AUGACGGUAUCCUUGGGGUUCUUUUCUUUCCGUCAACGAGAUGGUAGUCCCAAACUGAUGACUCCUCCCAAAGGUAUGACGAAGUGGAAAAUGAAGUUCUUUUACAUAAAAGCUGCUGCAAUUGUUGCAAAUAUGACGUUUCAGAAUGUGACCGAGACGAUCAUAACAGAGACCAUUGCAGUCCCGAGUUUGAAGACGGUGGAGUGGUUUCCGCGGUUGCAGACCAUUGAAUGGGUGACGCUGAGCAACACACAGUUGUGGGUGUUGCACAUGAUGCUGACAAGGAGGAACAAGAAGUCAAAGCCCGUGGUGCGGGAGAAAAGUGGUGAGGAUGCUCCCUUAUGGAGGAUGUUUGCCCAGGAUUUCCGGGGUCAGGUUGAAACAGUUAUUUGUGCGGAUGGCGAGGAGGAGUUUAAUGUCAUCAUUCGAGAUAACUUCCGGGUGCCUACUGAGGCCGCAUUGGCAGUUGAGUUGCCGCGAGGCAAAGGUGAUCUUGGGGCCUUAGGGGACCCUGACGCGAAGGGUGUGCCUAAGAGGCAAGUGGUGAAAGGCGUGCGCUUUCGCCAAAAGAAAAUACCGGAGGUCACUGUUGUGCCUCAUCUGGUGCCGCAGGCGGCAGGUAUCUCUUACUCUCCUUUCCGUAGAUACAUGGAUUAUGUGAUAGUAUCUGAUACCCUUGAGGGUUUGGGUACAGCUGCAGGUUCGCAGUCUGUUGUUGGGAAGAGGCAAGUAGAAGAGACGGCCGCUGGUGCCGGUGGACCGAAACGUCGGAGGUUGCAGUCCAAGAGGACUGGUCCGACACCAAAGGAACCUGCGGUUACUGUUGAGCUUCAAGAUAAAGAUUUCUCUAUCUUUAAUGCUCCGUCAUCACCCCCGCAUUCCAUGGGUGCGGGUGCGGGUGCGUCUGAGGAACCUUCGGCGCCUUUUGUCAAGUUGGUGCCUGAUUCAACCGUGCGAACGGAGGGCACUGCGGAGAAGGUGGUGACCCAGAUAUUCGAUACCGUUGAUUCGUCCAACAAUCUGAUCUCUCCCAAUGAGGGUGAUAAUUUGGGUCUACGGUUUUCUGAUUCUGGGAAACAAAAGUCUGAUGCAGAGCCGCAAAAAACUGAUGCUGGGCCGCAGAAGUCUUCUGCUAGUGAGAAGGGUACCGGUUCGUCUGCCGGUGGUGCGGGUUAUGAUGGGCCUCCAAUUCAGCCUGGGGAGUCUGAAUUGGAGUAUUAUUAUCGCACUUAUACCCAGGGUCGGAGUCCUGUUUAUCACCGACCCCUCUGGACUGUUAUGCAGGGGGAUGAUAUUUCUAAUGACCCUUCUACGUGUAAGGAGAUUCUGGGUGGGCUGGGCACCCCAUAUGAAGUUGAACGUGCCCGUUCUGCACCUUGGGAGCUGCGCAUCAACCAGCUUUCUACCAUGCUAGUAGGAAGUUCCAUAGUGGCGAACGCUAUUUUGGAAGACUACAAGGUGUUAGGUCGCAGGGAGGAGGAAGCUGCUCGCUUGCGGGCCGAAGCGGAAGAGAUUGGAAUGAAAAGUUUUCCAAUGAGCGAGUUAACGAAUACCAAGGCAGCGAACGCUGCUUUGGUCAAAGAAAAGGCUGCAGCUGAGGCGGUUGCGGUUAAGGCGCAACAAGCAGAGGCCCUGGCUGUUAAGGCGUUGGGAGAGGCCAAGGAAACGGGGGCCCGUACUGCGAAGGCCCUUGAUGAGGCCAAAGAGAGGGAAAACCGCACUUCGAAGGCUUUGGAAGAGGCGAACGCUGAGCGUACCCGCUUGGGUAAGGUUGUUGCUAGUCUUCAGGCUGACGUUAAGGCCCGGGAGGUCGCGGUUAAAGACCUUACUGCCUGCGUAUCGGUUGCGGAAGAGCGGGCUAAUGCUGCUGUUGAGGCCAAGGACGCCUUGACAUCUUCUUUUAACCAGCUUGAGAUUGUUCAGGCUAUCAUGGAUGCACCUGAGACUGCAACUGGUUUGGAUUUGGUUAAGGAACGUGCCCGCGAUGCCGGUUUUAAAGCUGGUUAUAACCGCUGCAUUGCUCAUAUGAACGUCAUGUCUAUAGGCGGUGUUAUCGAAGAGCGAUCCGGGUUUCGUGACGUGGACACCGAAGGUCGCCUGAACGCGGCUGUAGCCUCUUUUUAUGAUACGUCCCUCGCUUGUGUGGAGGAGUUGGACGACUGUUUAGAGGCUGCGGAUUACGGGUAA